UACUACAUCCUGAAAAACCAGUUGAAUUAGGGUUUGAUUUGCCGCUUCGAUAUUGGAACAAUUCAAAAAACACUCCGUUUCAAUAAACUAUGCUUCUUUAAUAGGCACACUUUUUUUUCCCCCUCAACCCUCUUUUCAUUCCAGUUGCAUAUUCCUCUCCUCCUCUCUCUUUAUGUCUCUCUUUCUCUCAUGACUUGAUUGUUGAUUUCUAGUGCAUCUCCAAGAUGUUCUGCUUGAGUACAAUUGAACACACAUUGCGUUUACCCCCACAUCUCCUCAACCUUCCUCUUGAGCAAGCAAUUAAAUGUGUGCUUGAGGAUCUCUUCUUGGAUAAGGUUAUUGCGGAUUUGGGACUUUGUAUCUCUGUUUAUGAUAUUGAGUCCAUUGAUGGCGGUUUUAUCUUUCCUGGAGACGGUGCUUCAACCUAUACAGUUAAGUUCAGGCUGGUUAUGUUUUGUCCAAUUGUGGGAGAGGUCAUAGUUGCAAAACUUAAAGAAUCUGAUGCUAAUGGUUUACGAUUAUCACUUGGAUUUUUUCAUGACAUCUAUGUGCCUGCCCAUCUAAUGCCAAGUCCGAGCCAUUUUGAGCCUGAUCCAGAAAAGAAGAAUCAAGUGAGGUGGAUAUGGCAGUAUAAUGAUGACAAUUAUCCUAUAGAUGAAUUGGACGAGAUUCGGUUCCGAGUUGAGAGUGUAAAAUUUCCUUCAAUACCAGUUGAACAAGAAAAAGAUCCAAAGCCAUUUGCCCCCAUGGUGGUUAAUGGUACACUUGAUUGUGAUGGUGGUUUGGGUCCCAUUGCAUGGUGGGUAUAGCAGAGCUUCUUCAAAUUCUCUAAGAUAUUCAGUUUCUCAAGUAGCAAUGCUUUGCUGACAUCUUUUUGGCGACCUUGAAAAGAAAAAGGAGAGAAAAAACGAGAAACUACUGGCAUAUAUAUAUAUUGAAAUAUGGUCUUCAUUUAGCUCUUGUUAUAUUUCUCUGUUAUGUAUUUAAGAUUAAGAGGAAGAAAGAUCAAUGAAUAUAUUUCUUGGGAAGGUAAAAUCUUUGUUAGAAUAUUUCUGAAAUAAUUACACACGCACACACAUAUUUGCUUA